CCCAGGUCAAAAUCACGAACUUCAGUUUCUCCCUUCUCCCUUGGCUUAUCUUUGGCAUCAUCUUCUGGUGGUGGCUCCUGUCGUCCCUCGUGCGUAGCCCAUCUCCGGCGCCCGUCGUCCGGCGUUCGUCGUCGCUGACCCCCCAUCACCUUUCCGGCGUCCCUUCUCUGUCCCCGCCGCCGCUUCAUCUUCCUCGCUCCAUUUGGCCCUGUCAUCUCUGACGUCUUCUUCCAUCUCCGGCGUCCCUCGCCUGUAGCCCCUAUUCAGGCGUCCGUCGCCACUGACCCAUCAUCUCCGAUUCGGCUUCACAUAUCCGGCGUCAUCUCUGUCCUCUUGUUGUUGACACUGACACAGCUCGCCAGCGUCACAACAUUCGCACUUCCCUAUCACAACAAUUCAGAUCUAAGAGAAAAUCUGCCGCCUACAAAAACUACAAAAUCUAUUUCUUCAUCAUCUAUGGAGCUUGAUUUGAGGGGGAAUGUGGAAGACAUGAGUUGUCGAUAGCAGGCUGCAAUUGUGCUCUUAGUUGCAGCUGAUUAUAUUUGUUAUAAUUGUUGCAAUGUUUAGUUAGCUCUCGCUUCAAACAGCUCCAUUUUGUAGAGCAACAAGCUUUGGGGACCAUCUCCACCUUCUGAGAUUUUCAUAGUGAAUGGCGGAGAAAGGAGGAAAAGGGUUUUCCCUGCCGAGAACCACCCCAAAAUCCUCUCUCAAAUCUCCUGUCUCCAUGAAAGGGAAGGAUGAUAGCACAACAAAGUCAAAGAGGGGUCGGAAAGUUCAGUUUGAUGCUGAAGAUUCUCUGGAAUCCAAAAUCAACUUAUCCUUGAAUUCUGGUGAGAAGGCUGACAUCCCCUUUGGUAAAGGGGGUAAAGGUGACAAGACUGCUAAUGGUGGUAAAAGUUUCAUACCAAAAGAAUCUUCUAUUUUGGAGCUAAAAAUUGAGCAAGAGCUUUCAAAGAAUGCCAAAUUCCUGAUGGACUGCGAGGCAGCAGAUAUUUUGCAAGGAAUCCAGGAGCAAAUGGUCAUCCUAUCUGAAGAUCCAACAAUUAAAAUUCCCCCGGCUUUUGAUAAGGGACUCCAGUAUGCAAAGAGUGGUAGCCAUUAUUCAAGCCCUCAAUCUGUGAGACAAGUGCUUGAACCUCUCAGACAGCAUGGUGUUUCUGACAGUGAGGUGUGCCUGAUGGCUAACAUUUUUCCUGAGUCUAUUGAUGAAAUCUUUGCUCUUAUCCCAUCCUUGAAGGGUAAGGAAAAGGUGAGAGAACCCCUCCAAGAUGCAUUGAGGGAAUUAGCUAACCUUAAAAGUGCGAGUUGAAGUGCCAACAGAAGGGAUACACUGUAAGUUUUCACUCCCUGACCUGGAUAAGGCUUGUAAUGCAUUCUCUGUCACACCCAUGUAUGUGAAUACUUGUAUAAUCUGAAUAUUGUUGUGAAUCUUAAGGCUAAAAUCUGUGAACUUCUGAUAGCAGCUAAAGAUGUUCCAAAUCAUGCUCUGGCAUGCAUAAUUGCUGUAUGCCAUUGUUCGUUCCUUGUUUUGGUACAA